AGAGCAAGAGGAGUAUACUACGUUAAAACAAAACCGAAUCCACCAUAUUCUCUGGGACCACCUGAUCACCUACGAAGGAAGGCAUUACAGUAUUUGAAUAAAAUCAGAAAAAACUGAGGAUAUUUAUUCCGAAAAAGAAUUUUUCACUCUGUUUGAUGUAGAUAAUCUUGCCAGUGGAUUUCUCGAAGAAAUCUAGAACAUCGAAGCGGAGAAUGUCCAAAUUCGAGAUAAAAGUGAAACGGACUUCAUCACGAUUGAAUGGCAAUAACCUUCGAUACAAAAUUCAAAUCUCAACCUCAUUUUUUUGACAAACCUGCAUGUUUUUUAUUCUAGAACCAAAAAUGUCCUGAAUAAUUCUGCAUAUAGGGGGAAUGAGCACAUACGUCAAAAAUGGCCACUUUUCAGAAGGGGGUAAAAAUGAUUUAUUCAAAAAUAAAACAACAUACUAUCAAUACCCUUUG